GUGUUCCCUGUGGGCGGGGCGUCCGCGGUCAAUGACCAAACACAGCAGCCAAUUAGAGCGCUCAUGCUAAUGAGGAGGCUUUAAACCCUCCGGACCUUCCUGAUGAAUCGGCGCUUUGCAGACUGACCGGAAUUCCGCGGCUCUCCCGGGAGGAAACUGCAGCUCCAGAUCUGAAGAGAUCCUUCAUCUUAGUCAGGCUCGAAGCCGCCGCGCACGCGCUCAGGAAUAUCUAUUCAGGACACCCAGAGAGGAGGAAAAAAGCACUUUUUUUCUUUUUUAAAAACUUUUUUUUUCUGAUCGCCAUGUCCGCUGCUUCGGAUCAGAGCCGGCGGUUCUGCGUGUUGUCCUGGGAUCAGGUGCGGCGUUUGGACUCGAUUCUGGCGGAGAGCGUCCCCAUCCACGGCCGCGGGAACUUCCCCACUCUGUCGGUGCAGCCGCGGCAGAUAGUGCAGGUGGUGCGAGCGCGGCUGCAGGAGCGAGGCGUUUGCGUGAAGGACGUGAGGCUGAACGGCUCGGCUGCCAGCCACGUGCUGCACCAGGAGAACGGACUGGGCUACAAGGACCUGGACCUGAUCUUUGGGGUGUCGCUAAAAGACGACCAGGCCUUCCGCCUGGUGAAGGACGUGGUUUUGGACUGCCUGCUGGACUUUCUGCCCGCCGGGGUCUCCAAGGAGCGUAUCACGGCGCUGACGCUCAAAGAGGCCUACGUGCAGAAACUGGUGAAGGUCUGCAACGACACGGACCGCUGGAGCCUCAUCUCGCUGUCCAACAACACGGGGAAGAACGUGGAGCUUAAGUUCGUGGACUCUCUCAGACGGCAGUUUGAAUUUAGCGUGGACUCCUUCCAGAUCUGCCUGGACUCUCUGCUCUUAUUUGACCGUUGCUCGGAGACGCCCAUGUCCGAGAGCUUCCACCCCACGGUGAUCGGGGAGAGCGUGUACGGGGACUUCCGGGAGGCUCUGGACCACCUUUGUCGGAGGACCAUUGCGACGCGCAGCCCUGAGGAAAUCAGAGGCGGCGGAUUAUUGAAGUACUGCCACCUGCGUGUGCGGGGUUUCACGCCCUCCUCGGAGGCCGACAUGAAGCAGAUGCAGCGCUACAUGUGCUCGCGCUUCUUCAUCGACUUCCCCGACAUCGGCGAGCAGCAGAGGAAGCUGGAGGCUUACCUUCAGAACCACUUCGUCGGGAUGGAGCACAAACGCUACGAGUGCCUGAUGACCUUGCACCAAGUGGUGAACGAGAGCACCGUGUGUCUGAUGGGCCACGAGCGGCGCCAGACGCUCAGCCUCAUCUCCAUGCUGGCGCUGAGGGUGCUGGCCGAGCAGAACGCCAUCCCCACCGUGACGAACGUAACGUGUUACUACCAGCCGGCGCCUUACGUGCAGGACAUCAACUUCAGCAACUAUUAUGUCGCACAGGUGCAGCCGCCGCAGAUCCCUCACUGCUGUAACUCGUAUCCGACGUGGCUGCCCUGCAGCUGAGUCCAGGCCGCGGCGUCUCCACCCCUUCCUCAAGCGGCGAGGAUCCGAGAACUCGUCUUUGCCAAAUGUGACUAAAACAAUCCUGUACUGCUGUGCACCAGAUUGAGCCGACCGUUCUUCUCAUUUGUGUUCUUCAGAACUUUUAUAAGAUUGCUGGUCAUGUCUGAGAUGUAGCUAUAUCUUAUUUAAAUAUAACAAAAAAUUCAAAAAUUCUUUUUGGUUUUUUGAAGAAACAAAUGUUGAAUCUUAUGGUAUUU